UGACCUCCAGUGCGCAUGCCUUGACAAUUGGACAUGCUCCACGUCGUCGCUUGACAGUUCUACAUUCCACCCCCUCUCGCUCUCUCUGCAAUUAAACCAGGUUUUUCUUGCAGGCCAGCUGUCAAAACGGUCCCCAAAACGAAGUGGAAAAGGAUUUUUUUGGGCCAGAAAACUUUCAACUUUAAGCCAGCGAACCCUCUGAGAGUGCCGCCAUCGAGCAUAUGCCCUGGGACAGUCGCUGCGUGAAGGGUAAGGGCAGAGCGAGGCGGAGCAACGUCGUUUUAGCAUGUUGCUGCUGAAGGAACUGAUGCGUCUGGCCACGCAGCAUCGCACCUUCUACUGCUAUGUGCUGCUCAGCAUUUGGAUCUUCCUACUCAUAGCGGGCAUGUAUCGCUAUAUGGGCAAUGUGGAGAGCAGCUCUGGUGCUGGCGCUGGCUUUGGCCCCAGCUCGGGCACAAUCAGUUCCUUGGGCGACUCCUCCGCCUCCUCCUCCUCCUCCUCCUAUGCACAGCGCUUUGCCAAGUAUCGGGAGCGUUGUGCGCCGCUGGCACAGCUGCAGCGUCUGGACGAUGGCGGCAUCUUGGAGGGUUGGAAGUUGCAGGGCGUGCUGCUGGUCAUUCGGCACGGGGACCGUGGACCCAUGUCGCAUGUGCGCACCACUGGCAUCAAUUGUGGCGUUGCUGGGGGCACUGAAAACCUGGUCAACAGAUAUCGCAGUUUUCUGCACAAUUCGAGCAGCUCGUCCUCGGGCUCGAAUCACAUGUACUGGAACAAGGUGGGACCCUUUCAUGGCUUUCCUUUGCUGCCAGCCACAGAGCGUGGCUGUCCAUUGGGGCAGCUUACCUACAAGGGCAUCUCCCAAUUGCUGCAUGUGGGCGACAUUAUGCAUCAGGUGUAUGCCCAUCCAUUGGGUCUGCUACUCAAGCCGCCACUCAGUCGCGGGGGAGCCAUGGAGACGACACCGCACACGCUGCUCAAUUCGGAUGAGGUGGUGGUCUACACCACGCGCUAUCGUCGCACCUUUCAGUCCGCGCUGGCCAUGCUGUUCACCCUGCUGCCGGCGGACAAGUGGCUGGGCCUGAACGUGCGCGAGUCCCACAGCAUGGCUUUUUGCUUUGGCGAGUGCUCCUGUGGCCAGUCGGCGCUGCUGCGGAAACGACUGCAGGCCAUGGGCGACAGGCAGCUGCUGAGGCGAUCCGAUGUGCUGGAGACAAUGCAAUGGAUUGGCGGCACCUUGUUGCAGCACACGCCAAAUGGCAUCACCAAUCCCUUUGAAGUUGUGGACGCAAUGCUGACGGUGCUGUGCCACGAGGCGGCACUGCCCUGUCGCCGCAAGAAACGCAGUCCGACGGAGAGGCCGGCGAGGAAGAAUCCCAACCAGGAGCUGGUGGAUGUGAUCAACAUUGAUCAGGAUGAGACGGCGACGAAUCUGCAGCAAGAGGCAAACAAUGGCAACCUGGAGCCAGAGUCGAAUGAGGCGGACAAUGGCAAUCCCGCCCUGCCACAGGGUGAGGGGGAGCAUCCAGAGGGUUGCGUGGAGGCGACACAUGUGGACGCCCUGAUGUCCUUUGCCGAUGAUCUGUCCAAGCGUUCCGCCAAUCAUGCGUACUACAAGCUGUCCGGCCUGCUCAGAUCCUAUGGAAUGAUUCGGCACAUCGUCAGCUAUAUGCUGAAGAUGAUAUCCGGUGAUCGCACCAAGUUCGUCCUAUACUCCGGCCACGACUGCACCAUGCAGUAUCUGACAGCGGCGCUUGGAAUCGCCAAUAGCCAGGGCCAGACAAUUGCGUAUGCCUCGCGGCUGGCCUUCGAGGUGUACCGCAGCGAGGCGCACACAGACUACUAUUUCCGGGUCGUCUACAAUGGACGGGAUGUCACGCAGCAGAUUGACUUUUGCGAGGGUGGCAAGAGUCUGCGUGUCACCCGUGACUCGAGGGGCAACAAGGCGGAUCUGUGUCCCAUCGAGAACAUUAUUCGCUUUCUGCACGAGGAUUACUUUGCCCCGCUGAAUGCCACCAAUUUUAAGGAGGCCUGUGGCACCACCAAUCCACCAAAGGCAAACGAGUUCUAGGCCCAUCGAGGAGUCUCCCACGCACUUCUGAAACUGUGAUACGUAGUUAAGAUGCCCCCGGCAUAAGCCCAAAGCCAGCAGCAGCUCCACAGUCCCCAGUCCAAUGCCAGCUAUCCAGGCACAUCUACGAAACGACCGCACCCUUGCGAUGUUAUCUAUCUAAAGUUAGACGAAUUUUUAGUUACUGAAAGAUAAUUGUUGAUCCUGAAAGUCGAAAUCGAUACAUAUCAAAUCGUGAAUUCGAAGCUCUUACUUUGCUAUAUCCGAUGCAUAUCAGUGUGUGAACGUUCGUUUGCCUAGACCUAAGUCCAAAUCGUAAGCAUAUCAAAGCGAAACUUAUAAAUUAAUUAUACAACAAAAGUGGAAGCAGAAGAAAAGCCUUCCUGAUUUUAGUAUGUACUUAAAUAAAUGUUCCCGAAUUUUAAAGAGUAUAAAUAAAGCUGUUGG